AUGACCUCCGAGCAGAAAACAAACAUGACUUCUCGCACUCUAGCGGCGAACGACCUCGCUGAGACUCUUCCCAAAAUGGUAAUGUCGACUCGGGCCAUACACGCGGAUGACUUUGUCAGCUCCCAUCGAGCCAUUGCCCCUGCAAUACACGUCGCUGUGAAUUACAGAUACGCAAGAGACCCGGACCAGUUGGUUCCAGGCGAAAACAAAGAUCCUGAUACUCUAGAAUCAUUUGUCUAUUCACGCUAUACCGCACCUAACAGCAAUCGGUUCGAGACAGUUCUCAAAGAUCUAUUUCAUGGAGGGAUCAUGACAUACUCCACCGGCCUCGCCGCUUUCCACGCAAUAAUGGUCUUGCUGAAUCCGAAGCGUGUUUUCAUCGGCGAUGGAUAUCAUGGUGUUCAUGGGAACAUCGAUCUGAUGACCAAGCUGACAGGCGUGGAAAAGCUCCCCCUUGAACAACUCGAUCAGCUUGGCCCUGGGGACAUUGUUCAUAUUGAGACACCCCUCAAUCCAACAGGCGAAGCACGUAAUCUCAGCUAUUACAGUGCGAAGGCUCGUGCUGCGGGGGCAUUCCUCACUGUGGACGCAACAUUUGCGCCUCCGCCCUUGCAAUAUCCAUUGCAGUUUGGCGCGGACAUUGUUCUACACAGUGGAACGAAGUAUAUCGGAGGACAUUCCGAUAUGAUGUGUGGUAUUUUGGUGGUUCACCCUGAACGUGUGCGUCAAGGUUGGAUUGACCAGUUGUAUUCAGCGAGACUUGUCAUGGGGAAUGUGAUGGGAAAUCUGGAAGGCUGGCUGGGUCUUCGCUCCCUGCGAACUCUUGAACUCCGGGUGAAGAGACAGUCCGAAAACGCCGAAAGCCUUGUCAGGUGGAUCGACGAGGAGAUUCAGAAUCCUUGCUCAGUGGUUGGUCAGGUGGUCGACUCUAUUCGGCACGCUUCGUUGCAGAAGGAAGAUGUUGAAGAUGGAUGGUUGAAGAGGCAGAUGGCUGGAGGGUUCGGUCCCGUCUUCGCGAUAUGGCUGAAAACUCCGGAUCAGGCAAAGAGAUUUCCAAGCAAGCUGCAUAUUUUCCAACAUGCAACUAGCUUGGGUGAUGUGGAGAGCUUGAUUGAAUGGAGGGCUAUGAGUGACUCCAAAUGCGAUACCAAGCUUCUGCGCAUCAGCUGUGGUGUUGAGGAUGCCGGUGAUUUGAAGAGGGAUUUACUCCAGGGGUUCCAAGCUCUUUGUGAAUGA